CUUAACCGUUAGGCUACAUGCUCUUAACCGUUAGGCUACCUGCUCUUAACCGUUAGGCUACCUGCCGCCCAAGUUAAAGAGGAACUGAUGAAGGAUGCUUCUAUAGAAGCACCUCUAUCUACAGUAUCUCUGUGAGGCAAUGCUCUGUCUGGCCCCAAGGGCCUGGCUGUCUCCGAUCUACUGACUAGUAGAUUCGUUGGAAGAGAUAGUUGCUGAAUUGUGGUCAUAAUGUGUUGCUAUACGCUUCAUAUAACUGACUGUUACUGCAGACCCUGAAUAAAGUAUGACAUGUUCAAAGAUUUCAAUUUGAACAUACAUUUGUUUAUGUUUUUGAGAGACCAGAGAGUAUCUGUGAUGGCUUAUAGUGUGAAAGAGGAUUGUAUUGAAUGUAUGAAAACAUCAACGUGGGAUAAAUGUGUGUUAGAGGAAACACUCUCCCUUGUACCACCAUGUGGGUUGGCUCAAACCACACAACACCCACUUCCUGUAGAACGAGGACCUGUCAGAUAGAGCCUCCCCUCAUCAGUACAAUCCCCCUCCACCCCAGACCCCAAUGCUAUGCUGACAGACACUCACAAACACCUUGCCACUCUCAGACAUAGAGCUUGGGGCAGCGAUGGGGUAGAUCAGACACGCCUGUCUGUGGAUUGGACACACCUGCCACCUGUCUGUGGAUGUCAUGGAUCUCCAUCUCACCUCGAGGGUUCUCUGUGUCUGGCUCUGGAUCAUAGCAGGCUGGGUGAACGUACUGGGGCAUGGGCUUGUAGAUGAGGCUGUCCCUCACCUGUCAAAGAAAGAUGUGUUGUUGUUGGCUGGUGAUGCWGAUCCAAAGUGUUUUACCAGGACACAGUAUGACUUCACCUGUUUCUGGGAGACACCAGGCAACACGGCUUAUGACUUCUUCUACAGGAAUGAUAAUGAGGAAAAGGAGAAGCGGUGUAAACUGACUCUCCAGAGGACAGAGAAGGGGGAGGAAGAGGAGGAGGGGAAGGUUCUCCACAUCUGCUUCUUCCCUUGCUCUGACGUCUUCCUGUUCACGCUCACACACAUCAGAGUGGUGGAGAGCAGCUCCAACUACACACUCUUCACACGCACCAUCAGCGUUGAGGACCAGGGUCUCCUGGAACCCCCUGUGAAUGUAUCCCUUCACCCGACAGGGCAGGCUGGGCAGUUCCAGGUGGCUUGGCACGCACCAAGAGAUUGGGAGAACAACGUGCAUUAUGGGAUGCGUUACUCUUCCCAGGGACUGGGGGAGAGGACAGAACUGAUAAAGUCCAUGAGGUCCCCCAUUCACAGCCUGGUUUCUCUGCUGCCAGGGGAGGUGGUCAGCGUCCAGCUAAGGGUCAAACCCAAUGGCUACAGUGAGACAGAGACCAGCGGUCACUGGAGCGACUGGUCGCUCCCCAUCACUGCCAUGGUACCUCAGAGCGCAGCUGAUAUCUCAUUGUUGUGUCAUACCUCUGACCUGCAAAACAUCACCUGCCAAUGGAAUGGGCAGUCCUACAGAGAUGCUACCUACACCUUAAACUACAAGCUGGGACCCAGUAAACGGGAGGGCUGGAUAAAGUGUCUGCAGAAUGAGAAGGCCUCCUACCACUGCCGUUUCCAUGGAGCGGAGUCCAGCGAGAUACUGGUUAAACUCAGUACUGGUCCUGGUUCUCUCAAACGGACCUUCUACACUGAACCCUUCAGACUCAACAACAGCAUUCAAACAGGCCCUCCAGGGAGGCUGGGGGGGCAGUGGGAGGGGGGCAGGCUGGGUCUGAGAUGGGGCACACCCCUACUGGCUCUGUCUCUCCACCUGAUGUACCAGCUCCGCUACCAGCCUCAAGGGGAGGCCGUUUGGAAGCUGGUGACCUUGCAGGUCCCUGAGAACAGUACUUGUCUGGACGUUCAGACUGGCAGUCAGUACUUUAUCCAGGUCAGAGCCAGGCCCAACGGGUCAGUCUACGCUGGCUACUGGAGCGACUGGUCACCCCCACUCACUGUGGACACACCUUCAGAUAUAGCAGGGGCCCUCUUCAUCCUCUGCAUUCCUCUCAUGAUGCUCAUCCUAUCUAUUGUGUUCCUCUCAAUGUUCUCCAGGUAUCUCAGUAAGCUCAAACGGUAUCUGUGGCCACCAGUCCCAAAUCUUGACAAAGUAUUGCACGGCUUCCUGACAGACAUCAGCGGCCAGACUUGGGACCCUCCCUUCAUUAUCAAGCAAUAUUCUGAGGAGACCCCAGCCUGUGUGGUGGAGAUUAUGUCUGAGAGGGAGGCUCCAGAUGGAGGGAAGCUUCCCAGGGAGUCCUCCUUACUACUCUCCCCAGAGCGAGGCUCCGCUGGCGGGGAGGAGGAAAGGCUCCCCACCCUGGCCCUGGAGCUCAGCCAGGACUACGUGACCCUGGCCACGGAUGACGUCAUCCCCUGUCUCCGAGGGAACAAGUAUGUGUAUGACGGGGAGGUGGGGGCAGAGUCUCGAAGCCUGGGGGAAGAUGAGGUUCUCCAGAUGAGGUGUCACUGCUCCUCCAACUUCCCAUCAUCCUCCAGUACCACGGAYAUCCUCAACCACUCCUACAUGCUGCUGGCCGAGCAGCCCAUAGAGAGACUGGACUGUCAGGACAGCAGCAGGGCCGGCAAGCUCUAUGCCAACCUGGAGGGAACAAACUCAGCUAAUGUAAACACCUGAUUGGCACAGCUCAACAAGGGCACACAAACUGGACAGUUACAAAACAUYAAAACAAUAUCCAUUACAUCACKAAUAAAACAGGUCCUUGCAUACAGCUUA